UUGCGUUACUCCACUGUUUCCGGUGUCCACUUCUUUGCAGUAAAUUAACGCAAAUUUAAAGUGUUCUCUUCUACCUCGUCUCGUGCGCAAUGGCUGGAAACUUCUGGCAAAGUUCCCACUAUCUACAGUGGGUGCUGGACAAGCAGGACCUCAUGAAGGAACGACAGAAGGACCUCAAGUUCCUCUCUGAGGAGGAAUACUGGAAGCUGCAGAUCUUCUUUGCCAACGUCAUUCAGGCUUUGGGAGAACACUUGAAGCUGAGGCAACAGGUUAUCGCGACUGCUACCGUCUACUUCAAACGCUUCUAUGCAAGAUAUUCACUAAAAAGUAUAGAUCCAGUUCUCAUGGCUCCUACCUGUGUUUUUUUAGCUUCUAAAGUGGAGGAAUUUGGUGUGGUUUCCAACACGAGGCUGAUAUCUGCAGCCACGUCUGUGUUAAAGACAAGAUUCUCGUACGCCUUUCCAAAGGAGUUCCCUUACAGGAUGAAUCAUAUAUUAGAGUGCGAGUUCUACCUGCUGGAGUUGAUGGACUGCUGCCUGAUCGUGUACCACCCGUACAGACCUCUUCUGCAGUACGUGCAGGACAUGGGACAGGAGGACAUGCUGCUGCCGCUGGCCUGGCGCAUCGUGAAUGACACCUACAGGACCGACCUGUGUCUGCUCUACCCUCCCUUCAUGAUCGCCCUGGCGUGCCUGCAUGUGGCCUGCGUGGUGCAGCAGAAGGACGCCAGGCAGUGGUUUGCCGAGCUCUCUGUGGACAUGGACAAGAUCCUGGAGAUCAUCCGCGUCAUCCUCAAGCUGUACGACCAGUGGAAGAACUUUGACGACCGCAAGGAGAUCGCCGCCGUGCUCAACAAGAUGCCCAAACCCAAACCGCCGCCCAACAGCGAGAACGAUCAGAGCUCCAACGGAAACCAAAGCAACUCGUACAGCCAGUCGUAGCGAAGAUAAAAAAAUAAAUCAAAACAAGUGGUUAUUGGUGGACGGCACACCGGACUUUGGCCCUUUUUUCUCCCCUGAGCAGCCUUUGCGGUCACAAAGUGGAGAGAAAUAAUGACAAUCCUGACGUCCUUGAACAUCACGCACGGGAGGCCGCUCCUUUACACAACAAAACUUGAUCACAAGUGUGGGUGGCAGGAACGUGUAGGUAACGUGUGUGUGUGUGUGUGUGUGUAGCAGUUGUGUGUGCGAAUAACACGUGUGAGUAACGUGUGUGUGUGUGGGGUGGAAUAACAUGCAUGUGUGUGAGUAAUGUGUGGGUGUGUAACUUGUAAUUGUGUGACAAUGUUUGUGUGUUACGUGCCAGUGUAAGAGAGUAAGGUGUGUUGUUGUCUGUGUAUUGCUCAGGGUGUAUUGUCCACUUAUGAUCCUUUCAAAUCAACUUUAGUUUUUUUUUUUUUAAACCCACCUCCCUUUUGUAAAUAUGCCUCACAUUCAUUCAAUCAUGAUGAUUCCACUGUUUGUGUUCAUUUUCAUCGUAUAUUCGAUGCUUUCCCCCCGUCCCCCAACAUCAAUGGAAGCUAUUUUGUUUGUGCAUUUUGAGUUUGUUUUUAUUCCGCAUCUAUUUAAUGGUGGAAUCGUUAACCUGUGCACAAAUGUGUGAAUGUGUAGUUUUGCAGCGAGUGUGUGUGCGUACCAUCAACAAGGUACUUUUAAAGCCUUACAAAAUGAAAGCUGCUGAUAUUACAGAGAGGACACAUUUUGGGUGUAAACUGAUUUCUAAAAAUAGUUUUUUUCUGGGGGAGGAUUUUGGCAGAGUCCUGAAGUGUGUUGGUUUACCUCCUGAGUGACUUUCUUUUCUGUCACUGUUAAUUCAUAUUAAAAAUCUGUGACAUUUUUAAUCAUGUGUUUUGAAGUCACAGAGAGAAACACAGCAUUUCUUUUUUGGGGGGGAUGGGGGACAUUUUCCUCACUUCUGGCAGUGUCCAUCUGCUACAUGACUGUUGUUCACUUACGUCUCAAAUGUUUAAAAGGGCUUUUUUUUUUUUUUUUUUUUU